AUGGGAAUUUGUUUUACCAAGCCUAGGCUAAUAGGACUAGAACACUCAGAAACCAAAAACACUCCAAUAGUAAUCGAGCGUAAAAAAGGCCACAGACUUUCCGUCGCCUUACUACCAGAGCGCGAUAUCAGCGAACCUCUUAAUGAAAUUAUCCUUAAUCAUUCCAAAUCGAUACGCUCUGAAAAGCCUGAUGCAGAAGAAGAAAGUAGAGGCUUACUCGUGUUAAAUUCUCGCACAAUAAUUGAAGGAAUGCAAAGCACUCGAAUUCAAAAAGGUUUUGAAGACAAAAAAAUGAACAUCGACGGCGAUUUCGCCAAAAUUGAAGCGAUUCAAUCCAUGGGGAUUGGAUUUGCGUGCAAAAAAGGCUUAAAACCACAUGCCCCAAAUCAAGAUGAUUUUGCAAUAGUUUUAGAUGCAAAUUUCAAGUUUUUCGGGGUUUUUGACGGGCAUGGAACAGAUGGGCAUGAAGUGUCAAACUAUAUACAUUCAAGGCUACCAACAACAUUGAUGACUCAUCCGUCAUUUGAAAGCGAUAUUUUAACAGCCUUCACUGAGUCAUUUUUACAAACAAACACGAAUUUAAAAGACUUGUGCGAAUCUGAAAAUGCGAAAUUUGAAAGUACACUAUCAGGAUCAACCGCAACAACAGUAUUACUUCGUGGCACACAUAUAUAACGAUGACCCCCCCUUCAAUCUUCAUGCCUAUUGCAACAAAAAUGCAAUUUUUUAAUAUAAAAUUUUUAUAUAAAAAAAAAAAUUUUCAUGUCUCUUGCAACAAAUUUUAAAAAUUUUUGUUGCAAUAGACAUGAAGAUUGAGGGGGUUCAUCGUUAUAUUGGCCACGUAGGAGACUCUCGAGCUAUAAUGGGCAUCAAGCGUGCAAAUACAUUUGAAGCAGUUCGACUCACACUUGACCACAAGCCUAUGCUUCCUGAAGAAAAAGAAAGAAUCGAAUCUCGCAACGGUGAAGUAAAAAAGCUGCCUGAUGACAUUCCUCAUAGGAUCUUUGUAAAGGGAAAAGAUUAUCCAGGGCUAUCUACAAGUCGUGCAAUAGGAGAUUUUUUGGCACAAGAAGUUGGAGUAAUUUCAACUCCUCAAGUUUGUGAUAUAGAGCUUACUGAAGAAUCCACAUAUUUAAUCAUGUGUAGUGAUGGAGUAUGGGAAUUUAUUAAUGACCAAGAAGCUGUUGAUACUGUGUCAAAGUCAGGAACUAACGCCAAACAAGCUGCAGAAAGGUUAGCCAGCCUAGCUUGGGGCAAGUGGAUCCAGUAUGAAGAAGAUGUUGUAGACGACAUCACUGUUAUUGUUGCAUAUCUUCCUAAUCUAGUCAAAUUUUAA